AUGAAGCUCUUCAACCUUGUCACUGCCUCUCUGGCUUUUGGCCUGACAAAUGCCUACUUGGUAGCACCUCCGGGCACGCCUGCCCCAGGAGCCGACUCAGGCUGCUCUGAAUGGGUUCAACAAUCCUAUGGACUGACUUGUGCUAUUAUUGAACAGUUCUUUGGCAUGAGUCCAGCCCAAUUCGAGGCAUGGAAUCCCAGCGUUACCCUACUGGGUUCUGGUUGCAAUCUUAUUGAAGGCCUCUAUUACUGCGUACAGGUCAAUUAUGUGUCCAUGUCUUUCCUGUCUACAGGCCCGCCAACUACAACCACCAAAUCAUCCACAGCCUCAACAACCUCCAGCGGGAAUGGCAUCACAACACCAACGCCUACACAGAGCGGCCUCGUAAGCAACUGUAAUAAGUUCUACAAAGUUGUCAGUGGAGAUAUCUGCGCCAACAUUGUCACUACAUAUGGCAUAUCUCUGGACAACUUUUACGCUUGGAAUCCGGCUGUAGGUACCAGCUGUACUGGUCUCUGGCCCGAUUACUAUGUCUGCGUUGGAGUUAUUGGAUCAGGCCCUUCAAGCACAACACAUGCCUCAUCUACUACAAUUCAUGCAUCUACUACUACUCGUGUUUCGACCACGACCACGUCUGGCAAUGGUAUCACCACUCCGACACCUACGCAGAGCGGCAUGGUAUCGAAUUGUGAUGCCUUCUACAAAGUUGUUAGCGGAGAUGGGUGUGCCAAUAUUGCUACUGCUUACGGUAUCUCUCUAAACAAUUUUUACGCCUGGAAUCCAGCGGUUGGCACCACUUGUGCUGGUCUCUGGCCUGACUACUACGUUUGUGUUGGUAUCAAGGGUUCUACAACAACAAAGGCCUCUACAACCACAAAAAUCACUCCGUCAACCACUACAAAAGGAAACGGUGUGGCCACGCCGACGCCGACCCAGGCAAACAUGACAAAAAAUUGUAAGACCUUUCACCUGGUCAAGAGCGGGGAUGACUGCUUUGACAUUGCGGCUGCUGCCAACAUUACCUUGGCAAACUUCUAUGCCUGGAACCCGGCUGUAGGCACUAGUUGUUCUACUUUGUGGCCGGAUUAUUACGUUUGCAUUGGAGUUUUGUAA